CAAACACUGUCUGUCAGAGAAUUAUCAGGAUUAGGAAUUAUCAUUAGGAAGUGACCUCUGACCAGUACUCAUGGGGGUCAAAACUAUCUUGUUUUCCAUUGUACUUCUGCAUGCAUGCACUGCCACCUUAAACGAGACCACUUUAAUCAGCUUUGAACAGACUGAUAAACGAAAUGAUGGCAACAAGUUUUCAACGCAGAGGUCUGGUAAAGGUAGAGGUUUUCCUACAAAAAUACAAAAUUGUGCCAAGCCUGCCAACAUCACUCAUCUGAAUGUAGAAAUAAGCAAUGAAACUACAUACGUUAUCUCAAAAGACGCUGUUCUGUUUCUCAAAGGCCCAGUGGUCACACACUUCAUGCCCUCGUUCUACAUCAUCAUCAUCAUUAUUAGUUUGCCCCUGAAUGGUUUGGCCUUGGUGACGUUCACCUGUAGGAUUCGAGAGAAGAAAUCAGGAGUGAUCUACAUGGCUCACCUGGCGUGUGUGGAUCUGCUCUUCACCCUGCUGCUGCCUCUGAAGAUCCACUACCAGAUGAACGCUUCAGAUUGGGUUUUCGGUGAGGCGGCGUGUCGUGUGCUCACUGCGGCUUACUACUGCUACAUGUACUGCUCCAUACUGCUGAUGAUGAGCAUGAGUGUGGACAGGCUGCUGGCCGUGGUGUUUCCCAUCGCCUCUCUGACCUGGAGGAGCGCAAGGAAAGCCAGAUGCGUAUGUGUGCUUUUCUGGCUGCUGGCACUCGCUGCUACAGUGCCGCUUCUCUCCAUGACACAAACAUUCAAAAUAAAGGAUGUGGGCAUCACCUGCCAUGAUGUGCUGUAUCAUCCACAUGUGUAUGCGCAUCUGUUCUCCAUCCUCUCCUGCUUCUACUUCUUCUUGCCAUUGGUCGUCACCUUAGUAAGCUACUCCACCAUCAUAUAUGCGCUCAGUGUAAAGUCUGAUCGCUCAUCAUCCUCAUCCUUAGACAGCCGAGCAAGAGCUGUGAUUAUGGCUGUCGCUGUGCUGACAGAGUUUGUCACUUGCUUUGCACCAACCAAUGGCAUUCUCUUGUACCACUGUGUUUAUUUAGCUACUGGAUUCAACAACGGAGAGGAAAAUUCUUCUUAUACUUCUUACCUGAUGGCUGUGUGUUUAGGAAGCUCAAGUGUUUUCCUAGACCCUCUGCUGUACUACUACGGAUCAUCUCACUACAGGAAGCAAUUGUGGUCUGUAUUAAGAUAUAGAAUGACAAAAAGUUCAAUGAGGCUUUAAGACACUGAGAGAAAAUCUUAUGUGUUCUUGCAUGCUUCACAAAGUAGUUCCUCUAAAUAACAACAUCAAAAUGUAUACACCUAAUCUUAAACUGCAGGUUGGAAAAUCAUUCGUUGUUUGUUAAUGUACAUAUCUACAUAUCCUAUGUACACCCAUCAACAUCAACCAACGACUGAUGUGAUUACAAAAAUGUUAAUAUUGUUAUCUGAAAUGUGUGAUUGAUAUUAUUCAUUUCUUGUUCUUAACUGAAGAUGUGAUAACGAAAUUAUGUUAGGACAUUUAGAUUGUAGAAACCAAAUCAUCGUCUCUUUCUGAGCUUUCUGAAAACAGCAUCUUCUCCCAUGGGCUCUGUGGGUUUAAUAAUGGCACCAAAUGGACUCCAAAUGGAGGCUGAAGGAUCCAAUAAUGGCAUGAAAUGGUAAAACACAUCCUGACAUCUAUGUACAGACGUUGCUGAUCAUUUAGAGGGUGAAGAAGCACUGUACUGGUGGUCUGUCUGUAUAGAGAUGUUUUUCACAAGUUAGAAAGUGAUGAAAGUUUUCAAUAUGUGACCCUUAAAAAAGAUAUGUAUACAUCGGAAAGCUAAAUAAAUAAGCUUUUCAUAGAAGCAUGAUUUGUUAGGAUCAGUGAUGGAGUACUCGAGUCCUGGACUCUGACUCGAGUCCGACUCGAGUCACUAUUCUUUGGACUCGAGUCCGACUCGAGAAUCCACUCUCUGGACUUGUGACUCGACUUGGACUCGCGGAUUGAUGACUCGUACUUGGACUCGGACUCGAGGAUAUAUACAAUCGGACUUGAGCAUUCAUCACUUUGUUUUUGACUAAAUAUGUUAUAAAAAAAUUAUAUAAGGUGUUACACUUUUCCUGUUUCGUGCCCAAGACCGGCCGCGAUCUCCCUUCACAGACACUGCUACCUCUCGCUCUCUUUGCUUGACAACACACUCACUGACGUCACUCACUUUUACGCUCGUGCAAUGCAUGAUGCAUGAUUCGCGGGCUAAAUGUUCACAUUUGUAAAAUGCAGAAAGACGUGCCCCGGAUCGUGAAGUUCGCCUACGCGAAUUUUGCUUCUAAUGCUGGAAAGAGCAGCGCUAAAUGUUGUGUGUGUAAUCGCACAAUUGAGGAAAAGACUGGGACAAUCUCAAACUUUAACAGACACCUGUCACGUAUGCACCCAGAAAAGUAAGUAAAAAGCUUUCCAUUGCCUAACGUUACCUUUUUUCAAAAAAAUAUUAUUGACUAAUGCAUAUAUGAUAACGAACAGAAGAAGCUAGGGUUAAUGUAUGUCUGGUUCAGAUUACAGCAUUUUUUUGUCUGUUGAUAACUUAACGUUACUAGUCACUGUGCCAGAUCAGAUUUUUGCGAUAUUUGUCUGUUGCGAUAGUCACUGUGUCAGAUUAAACAGUCUCUCUCUCUCUGUCUGCAUAUCGUAUUGAUUUUUACGUUUUAAGUAUCUUUAAAAUACAGUGUCCUGUAAAAUGCAGGUUUCUUUUUGAUGAGGCCUCACCGUGCAAGAUUGAGCAGUACCAUGCUUUCAAAUCUGAUGCUUUUAAAAUGCAACAUGAAAAUGCAGCAUGAUUAAACAAGCAAUUUGUAAAUUUUCUACGCUAGUUCUCAAUCACAAGUUCACAACAAUGGAAGUAAACACAUGCUUUUGAUGGCGUCGUAAAGUUGCAAAGUGUGUUGCAAAGUGUAUAUGUCAAAUCAGUAAAUAAACUCCCUUUGCAAUUGUGACAGUGGUGUCAUUUUUGUUUAAUGUAGAACCUCUUUAAUACAUUUUAUCAGUUUUUUGAAGGUCCCAGAGUGGAGACAUGUAGGCACUCUCAGACUCGAAUACGGGACUCGAGACUCGACUCGGACUCGAACACUGGGGACUUGAGACUCGACUCGGACUCGAACUCUGGUAAUGGUGACUCGACUUGGACUCGACUCGGACUCUUCUUUGGUGACUCGGACUUGGACUCGGACUCGAACACUGGGA